AUGGUGCAUAGCUUUAUCUCUGACACUGGGGAGAUGGAGGCAGCACAGGUGGAGACUCUUGAGGCCUUCCGCUUUCGGACGUUGGUGACACUGUUUGGGCAGUUUUAUGAAGUGUGGCCUAAUGAGGCUUUGAGGUUUCAAAAACUGCUAUUUGAGCGCGCCCUGUCUGCUUCCUGCCUGCGGAUGGAGAUCCAGGCCCCCAUCUGCUGCCCUAGCCACCAUGCCUGCCUGCCUGCCGCCACGCCCCCCACUGUGACGGUCACGGGUUCUGAAACUAUGCUCCCAAGGGAGCUGUUGCCCCAGGAGACAAUGGUCAAGCUGAGCUGUGACGUGGGGCCGCUGCAGGUGAUCCUGGGCCCUGAGCAGGCUGUGGUGCUGGACUGUAGCCUGGGGGCCGCCGCUGCCAGUCCGCCCACCAGGGUGACCUGGAACAGGGACGGAGGUGCUGUGCUGGAGCAUGACAACCUGCACCUGCUGGCCAAUGGCUCCCUGCGGCUGUCCUCGCCUCGAGAACCGGAGGACAGCGAUGGUGAUGAAGCUCUUGGGACCCGGAAGGUCGUUGAGGGCAGCUAUUCCUGUCUGGCCCAUGGCCCGCUGGGAGUGGUGGCCAGCCAGGUUGCUGUGGUCAAGCUUGCCACACUCUCAAACUUCUCUCUGCACCCCGAGUCCCAGACAGUGGAGGAGAACGGGACAGCACGCUUUGAAUGCCACACUGAGGGGCUGCCAGCCCCCAUCAUUACUUGGGAAAAGAACCAGGUGACGGUGCCUGAGGAGCCUCGGCUCAUCACCCUUCCCAAUGGCGUCCUCCAGAUCCUGGAUGUCCAGGACAGUGAUACGGGCUCCUACCGCUGUGUGGCCACCAAUUCAGCCCGCCAACGCUUCAGCCGUGAGGCCUCGCUCAGUGUGGCCCUUAGAGGGUCCUUGGAGGGCACCAGGGCCCAGGAUGUGGUCAUUGUGGCAGCUCCAGAGAACACCACGGUGGUGUCCGGACAGAGUGUAGUGAUGGAGUGCGUGGCCUCUGCUGACCCCACGCCUUUUGUGUCCUGGGUCCGACAGGAUGGGAAGCCUAUCUCCACGGAUGUCGUCGUUCUGGGCCGGACCAAUCUACUCAUCGCCAGGGCGCAGCCGCGGCACUCUGGUGUCUAUGUCUGCCGGGCCAACAAGCCUCGCACCCGCGACUUCGCCACUGCUGCCGCUGAGCUCCGGGUGCUGGCGGCCCCCGCCAUCUCGCAGGCGCCCGAGGCGCUGUCGCGGACCCGGGCCAGCACCGCGCGCUUCGUGUGCCGCGCGUCCGGGGAGCCACGGCCCGCGCUGCGCUGGCUGCACGACGGGGCCCCGUUGCGACCCAACGGGCGCGUCAAGGUGCAGGGUGGCGGCGGCAGCUUGGUCAUCACUCAGAUCGGCCUGCAGGACGCCGGCUUCUACCAGUGCGUGGCGGAGAACAGCGCGGGAACCGCGUGCGCCGCUGCGCCCCUGGCGGUGGUGGUGCGCGAGGGCCUGCCCAGCGCCCCGACCCGGGUCACGGCCACGCCGCUGAGCAGCUCCGCUGUGCUGGUGGCCUGGGAGCGGCCUGAGCUGCACAGCGAGCAGAUCAUUGGCUUCUCCCUUCACUACCAAAAGGCAAGGGGCGUGGACAACGUGGAGUACCAGUUCGCAGUAAACAAUGACACCACCGAGCUACAGGUUCGGGACCUGGAACCCAACACGGAUUAUGAAUUCUACGUGGUGGCCUACUCCCAGCUAGGGGCCAGCCGGACCUCCAGCCCGGCCCUGGUGCAUACACUGGAUGACGUCCCCAGUGUGGCACCCCAGCUCACCCUGUCCAGCCCCAACCCCUCGGACAUCAGGGUGGCGUGGCUGCCCCUGCCCUCCAGCCUGAGCAACGGACAGGUGGUGAAGUACAGGAUAGAGUACGGUUUGGGAAAGGAAGAAGAUCAAGUUUUCUCUACUGAGGUGCCUGGAAAUGAGACACAAUUUACGUUAAACUCACUUCAGCCAAACAAGGUGUACCGAGUCCGGAUUUUGGCUGGCACGGGAGCUGGCUAUGGAGCGCCUUCCCAGUGGGUGCAGCACAGAACACCUGGCACGCACAACCAGAGCCACGUCCUCUUUGCCCCUGCAGAGCUGAAGGUGAGGGCAAAGAUGGAGUCCCUGGUGGUGUCAUGGCAGCCGCCCCCUCACCCCACCCAGAUCUCUGGAUACAAACUCUACUGGCGUGAGGUGGGGCCGGAGGAGGAGGAGGCAGACGGUGGGCGCCCUCCAGGGGGCCGUGGAGACCAGGCUUGGGACGUGGGGCCCGUGCGGCUCAAGAAGAAGGUGAAGCAGUAUGAGCUGACCCAGCUAGUCCCUGGCAGGCUGUACGAGGUGAAGCUCGUGGCUUUCAACAAGCACGAGGACGGCUACGCGGCUGUGUGGAAGGGCAGGACGGAGAAGGCGCCCACGCCAGACCUGCCUAUCCAGAGGGGACCACCUCUGCCUCCUGCCCACGUCCACGCAGAGUCAAACAGCUCCACCUCCAUCUGGCUGCGGUGGAAGAAGCCUGACUUUACCACAGUCAAGAUUGUCAACUACACUGUCCGCUUCGGCCCCUGGGGGCUCAGGAAUGCCUCCCUGGUCACCUACUACACCAGCUCUGGAGAAGACAUCCUCAUUGGCGGGCUGAAGCCAUUCACCAAGUAUGAGUUCGCGGUACAGUCCCACGGCGUGGACAUGGAUGGGCCCUUUGGCUCCGUUGUAGAGCGCUCCACCCUGCCUGACCGGCCUUCAACCCCACCCUCUGACCUGCGCCUGAGCCCCCUGACACCAUCCACCGUCCGGCUGCACUGGUGUCCCCCGACGGAGCCCAACGGCGAGAUCGUGGAGUAUCUAAUUCUCUACAGCAACAACCACACCCAGCCUGAGCACCAGUGGACGCUGCUCACCACGGAGGGAAACAUCUUCAGUGCAGAGGUACAUGGUCUGGAAAGUGACACUCGCUACUUCUUCAAGAUGGGGGCCCGCACAGAGGUGGGGCCUGGGCCCUUUUCCGGCUUGCAGGCUGUGAUCACCCUCCAGGAGACAGUCUCAGACUCCUUGGAUGUGCACUCUGUCACAGGCAUCAUUGUGGGCGUCUGCCUGGGCCUUCUCUGCCUCCUGGCCUGCAUGUGUGCCGGCCUACGACGAAGCUCCCGCAGGGAGGCCCUCCCGGGGCUGCCCUCCACAACCACCCCUGGGAACCCAGCACUGUACUCCAGGGCUCGGCUCGGGCCCCCCAGUCUCCCUGCUGCCCAUGAGCUGGAGUCCCUCGUGCACCCUCACCCCCAGGACUGGUCUCCACCGCCCUUGGAUGUGGAAGACAAGGCGGAAGUCCACAGCCUUAUGGGUGGCAGCAGUUCUGAUUGCCGGGGCCACUCCAAGAGAAAGAUCUCCUGGGCUCAGCCAGGGGGGCCGAGCUGGGCAGGCUGUGACCUGCCCCAGGGUAGUGGUCCUAGGCCGCCUCUGACCCGUGCCCUGCUGCCUCCAGCCGGAACUGGGCAGACGCUGUUGCUGCAAGCUCUGGUGUAUGAUGCCAUAAAGAGCAACGGGAGAAAGAAGCCGCCCUCGGCAUGCAGGAAUCAGGUGGAGGCCGAGGUCAUUGUCCACUCCGACUUCAGUGCAUCCAAAGGAUGUCCUGACCUCCACGUCCACGACCUGGAUCCUGAGGAACCCCUGCCUUCCACCUCUGGUGAUGUGGCUCUGUCUCAAGGAGCACUCUGCCCAGGCAGGGAGCUGGAAGGGUACGAACAGGCAGCCAUGGGACCAGACCGGCUCAGCUGCUUGCCAGAGGCAGCCAGUGCCCCCUGCUCCGGCCCAGACCUCCAGCCCAGCACGGUGGUAGAGGACACCCCUGGGAAAAGCUGCCAGCCCAAAGCCCUGUGCCCUCUAGCAGUCAGCCCAAGCCUCCCCAGGGCCCCUGUCUCCUCUGCUCAGCUCCCCUGAGCAAAAGGCUGAUACGGCCCAGGGACUUGGCAUGCAGGGCCACACGUGUGUGAACUAGAGAUACCAACGAGCCGUGCGGAGCCUCUUAGCAUCCCUUGGCUGGGGUGGAGGAGAACGUUACUGACUCCCUAAUAUUCAGCACCACACGUGGAUUACUGGAAGAACUUGAGGCACAGCUCUGUGGGAUGGACCUGUAGGGGAGGGGGUUGGGCUGGGAAACCUCACCCUCUGUAGCAGUCACUGCGGCCUACCUGGCCCUCCAUGGCAUGAUGGUGUACUAGUGAUCAGUGCCAGCCCUUCAGCCAUAGCCUUGUCCCCCAGCCUUUAUUACACUCUGAGAGUGUCCCUGGUGCCGCGUCUACGAAGACAGCCCCAGCCCCUCUGCUGUCAGCUGGGCUGAGCGGAGUGCCAGUCAACUCCACAGGCCUACGCAGCAGUCUGCAGCAGCAUGGCCGUCACACCCCCGCCCCCACCCCUGGCCUCCUGAGGUUGGGAUGGCUGGGUGAGCCCAGCUCACCUCCCCUCUCCUUUGAGCAACUCGGUACCUAAUUUUGUAAUUUGGGAAGUGCCUGGUUUGGGAAAUCUUCUUUCUCUCCCUGUCGCCUCUUCUGUGCCCUUCAUUGUUCCAGUGAUCUGUCUCACGUCAUCUGGCUCCCUUAGCCUGGGGCCCUUCCCUUUCUUGUGACGCCUCUUGUUUCCUUGCUGCUGUUGCCCAUUCUGUCUGUCUCCCGUGCUUGUCCUAGUGUCACAUGUUUCUCAUCCCUGAGUUUAACCUAUGCACCCUUCCCUAACAACAUGACUACCUCAUGUCUGCUUCAGACCACAGUGUGACCCCCGAGUCCCCACGGCUCCCCUGCCAGCCCCCCUUGCUGGGCAGAUGACCCCCUCCAGGUAGAUCUGGAGAGGACCUUCUGGCUGCCCUGGCUGCUGCAUCCUUGGUAUCGAGAUGAGAAGGUUUCCUAUGGAAGAGAUGGCUCCAGGCUGCACCAGGGAAGCCUUGAGAAGGGGCAGGAGAGGAAACAGAGAGGCUGAAUAGCAUGACUGCCACCCAUCUGCACGGAGAAAUGGGCGCUUUUGCCAGGCAGGCUUGCGGUCCUGGCUCAAGCAGAAGGGAGGGAGGAGAGGGGAAUUACAGGAGCCGCAGUGACCCAGCUCCCUGACCCUCAAGCCUUGAACCUGUCUGGAUUCAGGGUGACAAAGAGUUUCCUCCAAGAUGCUAGAAGGGGAGGUCUUUGCACAGGAAAAGGGUGGCUGGUUCAUUUUGGUUUCUUCCUCUUUAAAUUAAAUCCAGAAAUCAUCUUACUACAUAGAGACAAUCCUGACUUGUAUUUCCUGGCUCAUGAAAGCAAUGGUAUCUAUUUGAAUUCUCACCUCAGCCAUGCUCCAGGAGUAUAGAAUAUGGGGUUUUUUUCUGUCUGACUGCACAUCUUUUUAUUUUAACGCCAGCACAUCAAGUGUUAACUCUGGCUUCUGGGCCAAAUUAGAAAUAGCCAGUCUAUCUGUUUUUUAAAAUGUCUUUCAGCAGAGUUACAGCCUCCUCAGCCCCUGAAAGCAUCUGUGUUUAUUACCCUCGUGUGUCACUCACGUUUGACACCUCACCUACAUUUCCUCCUCCUCCCCUCUUCAGCUAGCCUAUGAUAACACUAAAGAUUAUUAACGUUGGUUUCAUAUCUCGUUAAAGACAGGAUUGUCACUUGAACUACUUCUAUAGCAUUCAGAGUGGCCACGGCCAGCACCACUGUGUGUUUCUUCGUUGCUCUGAAGGUCAAAAGCCUCAUUUUAUUUUGCUGGUUAUAUUUUUCCCUUGCCUUGAAUGAAGCAGCCGUGUUCACAGUAGGCUCCUUCGUGCUUCGCCACACAGUCACAUCUCAUGUUCUUGUUUAACAAGCACUGAGGUUCUGGUUUAAAUUAAAUAGCCGCAAAUGAGACAAUUUAUAACCCAUUAGGUUGGGUGGAAAAUUGUUUCUCAAAAGCAAAUAAGUAAUAAAUCUAGUAUCUGCCUAUAACUCACAGUUGAUAAGAAAGUAGCCGUCACUCACUAGCAUUCUAUAUGAUUUGGCUUGUGAGUAACUGGGGAUGUUAGCUUUGUUUCUUUGUAGCAGCAGGUUUUAUUAGAAAAGAGUCAUUGGCCUUUUACAGGGUAUUAAUCCCUUUGUCGCUUGCCAUGGAUGCCUUAAGUUCCUUUGAGUCUCAUUUAAAAAAAUCUUCCUUUCCUUGAAUCAUGACAAGUGUACUCAAUACUUACAUGCUCGCUUAUUUACCCAUACUUAGCUUAUGCUGUAUUAUUUAAUUGUAUUUUCCAGAGUCAUGUUUUCUCCUUACAAAUAUGAUAUUCUUUAGUGUUACACUAAGGCAUUGAUUAUGUAUCUGUCCCUAUAAUGAAUUAAUAAACUAUU